AGGAAAUUAUAGGGGAAAAAAAAAAAAAAAGUGUCAUCGUCAGCGUUGCGAAGCGAAAAAACUCAGUUCAUUCAUCCCGCUUGCAUUCUUCUCACCAUUCAAGCUUCAUUUCUUCAGCAUGACAGACAAUCUAGGUUAUUCUUUUGCAGCCGUGGUAUUUGUAGGAGGAUUGAUUGGUUAUAUCAAAGCCGGUAGUCUGGCAUCGUUCAUCUCUGGAACGGUAUUUGGCAGCUUGAUCACGUUGGGGGCCUAUCAAGCAUCUCAGAGCCCGAGCCGUGUUGGCCUCGCUUUUGUGGUCUCCUUGGCACUGAUGAUCGCCAUGGGCAUACGUUUUUCAAAGAGCAAGGCCUUCAUGCCAGCUGGUUUGAUUACUAUUCUCAGGUAAAAUUCAUCUCCUUGGCCAUGUCUACCGUGUAUGGAAAUCUCACCUCCAACUAUUUAUACUUGUCCUGUCCAUCAACGGGGGGUUCAUCUCCUUGUUCUCUAUUCCAUACAGUCUUGUCAUGGCAUUGCGCUACGGUACUCGCCUAUUGCAAUAACUGCCUU